AUGUCGUUGACGUUCCCGGGUUUCCAGGAGUUUUACAAGUUGCUUACAACCUCUAUCUCCAUCCACUGGCGAAAUUCCCUGGAGCCAAACAAGCGGCUGUCUCUGAGUUUUAGCGACGUCGUGAGGAUCGCACCGAAUGAUUUGUCCUUCAACACACCAGAUGCUGCACGAGAUAUCUACUAUCAUGUGGUCAACGGCCGUCCGAAGCUACUCAAGAGCGAUGAUUACGAGAGAAAGGAGCUGGCAAGUGUGGCCGCGGUACAAGACGUAGGAGAUCAUCGAAUGCAGAGAUCGUCCAUGUCGAAGGCGUUCAGUGCGGCGGCUCUCGUUGAAUACUUGAGGAUGAAUGGCGACGGACCUCAUGGAUUUGACGUGAUACCUCUGUAUACAUGGCUGACGCGAAGGCAGCACAAAGUUUUGACGGAAGAGCUUGUGGAUGAGCGGAUGAAGCGAGGAGUAGAAGUGGCUGCGACGGACCUGUUCGACCAUCUCAGGACGGACAAACAAGCUAUGAGGGAAGAGUUCGUCAGUCAAUCGAUGAUCUUCCUGGCGGCGGGCUCUGGGACGGUACAGUCAGCUCUUACUGGCGCGACCUUCUACUUGCUGAAAAAGCCAGAGGCACUAUCGAAGCUUCAAAAGGAGGUUCGUGGAUUGAUAAAGAAGGCCGACGAGAUCACAGAUCAAACGACGAGCUGCAUGCCCUAUCUAAACGGUGUCAUUCAGGAAGCUCUUCGUUUAUUCCCACCCCUACCGUCAAGACUUCCCAGGGUGUCACCUGGUGCAUUCAUCUAUGGGCAUUACGUUCCGGCAGGGACUGUUGUAUCAGCUACUACUUACGAUAUGAGUCGCGAUCCGAGGUAUUGGUCUCGUCCUGAUGAGUUCUGGCCAGAACGAUGGCUGUCAAUUCAAGGGGGCGAAUUCGUGAAUGAUAGGGGCGAAGCAUCGAAGCCGUUCUCAAGCGGCCCGAGAGCCUGUGUGGGGUUCAAACUGGCAUUGCUGGAGUUGAGGCUUGUAUUGGCACGGCUGGUGUUUGCGUUUGAUAUGGAGUUUGUGCCUGGAUCGGAGCAGUGGGAUGAAGGAUUGAAGGUGUAUUUUCUAUGGAAGAAGCCGCCAUUGCGGGUGAGGUUUACUCCAGUGGUGUCAGAAUAA